CGACGCAUGUAACCAUAGCCCUACAUCGAUUCACAAAGCAAGCCACAUCAUUUCUUCCCGUUUCUCUCUCCUUCAUCGUCGUUCACAGCGAAGCCACCCAAAAUACACACACUGAUUACACCAGAACACACACACAACCAUCACAUGUAUCACUGAGAAUCAUCUCACCUUCUACUUCAAUCCAAUGGGCAUGGCUCUCCCUAACAUUGGCUCUCUCUCCACCCCCACCGCUGCCGUUGCUCCGCCAUCAACAAACUCCUCUUCCUCAUCCGUCGAUGACGCUUCCAAGAAGAUCAGAAAACCCUACACGAUUACCAAGUCCAGAGAGAGUUGGACGGAACCUGAGCACGAUAAAUUCCUUGAAGCUCUUCAACUCUUUGAUCGUGAUUGGAAGAAAAUUGAAGCUUUCAUAGGUUCAAAGACUGUCAUCCAGAUUCGUAGUCAUGCACAAAAAUACUUUCUCAAGGUUCAAAAAAGUGGUACAAAUGAACAUCUCCCUCCUCCUCGUCCAAAAAGAAAAGCUGCUCAUCCAUAUCCACAAAAAGCUGCAAAAAACCCUCCAGUGCUCUCAAAUGUCACAUCAUCAUUUCAAUCUUCUGAAUUUUUACAAACAAAUCCUUCUACACUGGUAAAGAACACCACCAUGGAAACUGCUAGUUUGUCCCAUAUAGCAAAAGAUGAUAUAGUAUCUGGAGGCCAAGGGCAACCAAUGGCUGCUAGUGUUAACUAUUCCAGUAGCAAUGAAAGUGCUCCAAAAACACGAACAACAAGUGAAACCCAUGAACAAAGGAUUCAUGGACUUCCAUCAAGAGUUUUACCCGACUUUGCUCAAGUAUACGGGUUCAUUGGCAGUGUGUUUGAUCCAAAUACAGCUGGACACUUACAUAGGCUCAAAAAGAUGGACCCCAUUGAUGUUGAAACAGUGUUGCUGCUAAUGAGAAAUCUCUCUAUCAACUUGACAAGUCCUGAUUUUGAGGACCAUAGGAAACUGUUGUCAAGUUAUGAAGUUGAUUCAGACAAAGAAAAUUCAGAUGAUGCAGUGGAGGCGCUUCUUGAUUGUGGGACAUAGAUAAAGGAUGUGUGGGCCCGAGUGGGUAUGUGGUUUGACAAGUAAGCAAGCAUCCAUGAAAGUGCAGCUUGUAUUGUGCAAGCUCCUACUACUGUGUACAUAUGAUAUGAUAUGAUAUGAUAUUCAACAACUGAUUUGGGGAGGGGGUGAAGAAGAAGAUGAUGAUGAUAGAUGAAUUGUUGCGGGAAAUGUAUAAUGUUGUGAAGCUUGAAAUUUCGAGUUUUGACACACACAAACACACAUUGAUAAGAAUUUAGUAUAUAUUGAUAUGUGGUAUUUAUAUAUUUGUUUUAUUGGUG